UACAUCCGUAUGAGAAUCAUGACAGCUUCCCCUUCAUUGUUUACAAAGAUAUGCGUGAGAAAGUUUUCCAGCAAUUGGAAACAAACAAAGCAUAUCGACCCUCCUGUCGCAGGCUACCCAGAUUAUGCGGUGAAGGUAAAAUCUUUACCUAACAAAAUAAUUGUUGCAGCUGUCGACAAUAAUUGUUCCCUGAUUUCUCGAGUGUCCAUAGUCUUUAGGGCCGGAACUCGAUACGAAACUUACAAUACACGGGGCGUUACGCAAUGUUUGAAAGUGGCGGCCGGUUGCGCCACGAAAAAUUACUCACGGUUUGCGAUAAUGCGCAAUUUACAAGAGCUUUGCACCCCUCUCACUUGCUCCGUUGGACGGGAGGUAAUUUCGUACACGUUGGAAGGCAAAAGCUCUAGUGUCGAUCAGGCACUUGAUUAUCUGGUGGAUGUAGCCUCAAAUGCAGUUUUUAAGCGGUGGGAGGUUAUAGAAAACAUUCCCAGGCUGAAAAUUGAAUUAGAAAGUCGAACACCUCAACAAUUUGUUGUGGAUUUAGUGCACCAAGCUGCUUAUCGCAGUAGUGGUCUCGGAAAUUCAAUCUAUAUACCUAAGCACAAGUUGGACCACGUUGAAGUGGAACACUUAGAGCAACACGUCUCGAACUACUUUGUUGGCGCAAACUGUGCAAUUGUGGGGGCAGGAGUAAAUAUUAAGGAAUUAAUUUCCCUAGGCGAAUGUAUAAAUUUAGAGAAAAAUGGUUGUGAAGAGAAGUGUCCUGCGAUAAUGCACGGGGGUGAGAUUAGGUCGGAUAAGGGUGGCUGUGUGGCGUACGUUGCAAUUGCCGGCGAGGGUGCAUCUUGGCGUAAUCCAAAGGAAUUAUUCUCGUUUGCGAUUCUGCAUAGAGCUCUUGGCUCAGGAACCUACAUUACGCAUACCAGCGAAAAUAAAUCGCCAUUAGCCAAGAUACUCAGAAGUGCGCCCGCAUAUUUGAAUUCAAUUACAGCAUUCAAUUACAAUUACUCCGACUCUGGUUUAUUUGGUGUGCUAUUAACAGCGAAUUAUUCGGAUAUUCCUUGCGUAAUUGGAUCUGUUUACAAAACUUUGCGGCAAGGAAAGAUAAGCGCUGAAGAUUUUGAAAGAGGUAAACAACAAGCGAAGGUGUCUUUCCUUCUAAGUGCUGAAAGUGGUCAUAGCUACGUUGGAGAUAUUGCGACUCAAGUGAUGUCCAAUGGCUGUGCUUAUAGCCCAUGCAUGAUCACCGAAGCUUUGGAUUGCAUUACUAUAAAAGAUGUGAACGAAGCGGCUGAGAAACUGAUGAACGGAAAAUUCUCUAUUGCAUCUGCAGGUCGUUUGGACAAUGUUCCUCGGCUAUCAGAUUUAUGCGUUUAAGAGAGAAUCUGAACUUGAAUUAUAUUCAAUAAGUCUACU